AUGCACGCCACGCUGGAUAUCCCUCCGUCCCUCUUACAGCUCAAGCAUGGUGGCGUCCGCGACUUUGAUCUUGUAUACAGCCUGGAUCAGGAGCUAGCCGCGUACGGGUCGUUGGCGAACACGGGUGACAAGAUUGAGGUCGUUGUGGAUAUGGAUCUGCAGCCGGCUUGGGGGUUAAGGAUAGGGAGUAAAAUAGGCCGAAUUUUGCAUGAUUGGUGCUGUGGGGUGGAGUGUAGUGGAGUGCAGGAGGGGCUAAGGAUAGGUGCGUGGAAAUAGGUAUUUCAAACGUUGAACAUGGCCUAUGUUCGGCUUGUUUGUAAUCCGGUUUCUGGGUUUUGUGCUGGCAAAGGUGGCAGUGGAUGAUUACCUGCAUGAGGUUUGCGUGGGAGGUCAGGAGUAUUUUCAAGGCGCUGGUGCCAGUUCGGGAGCGGGAGGGGCUCUUCUUUGAGUAAGAUUCACACGAAGCAUGUGGUGGUUGGCUGUGCGGUUCUCCGCUGUGUUUUAGUUAUCCAGGGUGCCAGAUUUCUGUCCACUGUUGCGGGGGAGCGCAGGUGGCACGUUCUAUAA